AUGACACCACCACAGUUUGACGUUAACACUGAAAUGGAGAAGUUGUCCGAAACGUGUUUGAGCAAUGAGGAUCAUGGGCAGUUAUGGAACAACACUGUGCAUCAUUAUUUUGCACACCUACAAAAUCAAAUCAUGAUCACUGGAGCGCUAGAGAUGAUUGGCCAGACCGAGAUGAGAGCGACUCUCAACUUUGCGCCACGCCGGAGCUGGGUAUCCCGUAUCUCCAAAAAGCCUAGUGAGAGCGAGUUGGCAUCGGCGGCAACCAUUGAAGCUUACUACGAUCUUGUAGAACCGCAUUUUGAAAUGUACAGAUAUAAACGUUUCAUUUCGGAGGAAAGUUUGAUUCCUGCCAUUGCAUUUUUAGACAAUCGUUUCCCCUUCAUCCGUGCUUAUUACCGGCGCAGUUUCGAAGAAAUCCGUCGGCGGGAUGGAGGAGAGAUAAAUAGAAAAUUAGUUGAUGAUAUGAUCGAGAAGAACGAAGAGAUUUUAUUAAAAUUAGGCUAUGUAUUAACCUAUCCGAAAUGUGGAAAUUAUAAUGUAAAGUUUAAAAACUGUGAAGUUUAA